AUGACUGAAGGUACACGUUCAACGUCUUCAUCCCCAAGAUACUUUUCUGAUAAGUCUAGGCCCUCAAUACUAUCUAACAUAUAUAUUCUAAGACUUGUUAGAACAUUCGUUCUCCGAAGUUACCUGAUAUCGGGUCGAACGCACAAGGAGACUUACCCUGAAUUCAAC